UCCAAUUUAUUUUAAAAAGACAUUAGACCUGUGAGAAGUAGACUACAGUCAAUGAAAACAAACAAAACGGAGAAAAGAAUGAUUUAUAUGGUGAAGGGAGAUGAAAUCACGGCCAGAGUCCAGGGACCAGACAGAAUGUCAGUUCACCAGAUAGGUGAUUACUUGACAAUAGGGAAAUCAAAUACUACUCAACAAAAUCGAAAGGAACUUUCAAGACUAGUCAAUUUGAUUCCAAAACCAACAAACAUAGUGCCACCGAUCACAUCAGCCUGGUCCAUGUUAACAAACGGUGAUGUUGACUAUCAAGUUCAAUCUUUAAACACUUUGACCGAGGCUCUUGUUGACAAAGAAGCAACCAAAAAGGCUGUAUGCAAAAAAAUGAAAGGGACAUCUGCCCAAAAAAAGGGUGACAUUGAAAAAACUAAAGAAAUUGUUGGCCAUGUUAUAGCCGAACUAAAUAAAACUAAUGUAAACAAGGCAAUGCAUGGGAAAGUUUUUGAGGCCUUUUGGAAGACAAUACAGACAAUGCUGCCAGACGAUUCAAGUGAACGAUAAGAAGAACAGGAUUGUGACAAAUUUAAACUUACUUACUCAUAAAACAUAGUUACAUUUCCAUGGAGAAGGAGUAGUAAGUCCUCUACUCUGCUAUUGGCAUACCCACCAAGGAAAUGGUAUUUCAUGCCCAGGAAAA